GCCAGUCCCGCCACUCUUCCGUUCCGCUCGACAGUUGCGCGCUGCACGGACGAUACUACACUCGCUAUCGACGGACAAAAAUGUGUACCGCGUCCACAGUGUGCUAGAUAUAAUAGUGGCAGUGCUCGUGAUUAACGCACAGAAAACUUUUUAAAUAAACCAACAUUAAAGUCAAAUAAUGAUGGCGCCCGAGACAGUGGUGACUACGGAACACAACAAACCAACUGCACCUUCAUCUCAGCAGCAGGGCGGCGCGCUGGAUUGGAUUAAAAUCGACAUUAACUAUUUCAAAACUCCACCGGGCCUGUUAAAAAUAAUACAACUAGUCCUGGGUAUCCUGUGCAUGGCACUAGCGUCGCCAUGGUACUCCACAUGGUUCGUGUUCGUCGCAGUCACGAGCUUCAUCACCACACUCAUGUGGAGCUUCGUCUACCUGCUCAGCAUCAAGGAAGCCCUCAAAAUACCCAUCAACUGGGUCUUAUCUGAGUUGAUCAGCACUUCCAUAGAAACACUGAUGUACCUGAUCGCCUUCAUAGUCCUGUUCGCAGCGACGGCUGGCUACUACGCGCCGACUUACGGAGCAAACGUUGCAGCUGCUGUGUUUGGUAUUUUCAACACGGCGGCGUACGGAGCCAGCGCGUUCCUGCUGUACCGGGAGCAGCGAGGCUCCAUGGCGUCUGCGCCGGCGGCGUGAGCGCGACCCUCCACGCGCAUGCGCCGCGACACCACAAACCUCAACCGAAGCCUAUUAUCGUAUCGUUCACAUUCGUUUCGCUUUCGAUUCAGAACGCCGAAAUCUUACUGUAUUUUUCACGAUCUUUAUUAUAAGCACUGUUUACAACAUUUAUUUUUAAUACUUGAAAACGUGACUAUUGGCGUUAGCAAUUUAAUUUGACAAGUAUCAUAAAUUAUUUUGAAAUAUUAAUAAAUUGUCCUAUUUCAAAUGUCUAGCUAGUUAAUAGCGAAAUUUUAAUAUCGAAGGCCUUAUGAAUGUGUUUUAGCUGCCAGGCCGAUUUACAUAAAUAUAAUAAUGUAAUUGAAGGUUUAUAUUUAUUAUUUAUCUGAAAAAAUAUGUUGUGAAAAGAAAACUUUGUAACUUGGUUGAUCAAAACAUUGCAUUUUAUGCAGUUAGUUAAGCGUAUACUAGUAAUUUAUAUACAAUUAUAAUAUACUUUAAAAUCGUUUACUCUAACAAACAGUAUGGUAUAUAGAAUUGAAUUAAUGGCCAUAGAUUGUGUACAUGCUAGAUAUAAAAUGGUAUGUUUUACGAUGACCAACCGUCCCACUGCAUCUUUUGAUAAAGUACACAUAGAAAUCAAUACAUGAACUUUUACGACAAGAAAUAUAUUGAAAUUAGUUUGUAGUUUGAGCCUAAUUUACCAGAAAAUUGGCAUGGUAUAGUCACAACAUUUAUUUUGUAGUAGUUUUAUUACAAAAACUAAAACUUGAAUCCGGCCGAACUAAGACGGACAGCAAAAAUAUUGAUGAAAAAUAGUUUUUACCCAAAAUGUACAUUAUCAAUAUACCUACUUACCUAUUAUAAAUGUCAAUUUAACCAAAUUCAACCACAUUGAAUAAAAUAGAAAUAUUAAUUUGGGGCCAGUUUUGACGAAGUACAUGUAUAGGCUUCUCUUUUUAGGUAAACACAAUGUAUAUGUAAUUACUCGUAUUUUAACACUGAUUGUUAUACAUUUGUUAGACUAGUCUUGCAAAUAUCAAAACUUGAAUGUUUUUUUUUUAGUUGUAAUCUAAAACGAAUUAAUUAAAGGUAAUAAAUACUAUAAAGUAAAGGUAAUAUAUAAUAUAUUUUUUAAUAUAAUUUGAGAAAAAUAAAAGAUAUUUUGGUGAAGACAAUUUUAUAUGCACUUUAGUACCUAAUGUAUGAGUUUGAGUACCUGAUACAUACAUUCAAUGUAUCGUUUUGAACAAUGAUCGCUCUUUGUUCUUUAAAACUACGACUAAUUUUGGGUAGGCAAAAACUUCGUUUUAAAUGUCAAAAGUAACAAAAACAUUUGUGCAUCUAAGUAUAUAAACUUGGUAUAAAACAAAAUUCAUAUAUAAAAAGACAGAUUGUAAUUUGAAGGUAAAGAACUAAAGACACCAAACUUUUUUGCUGUCUGUAACCAAAUAUGUCCACUAUGUUUUUAUUUUAUAAAGAACCUUAUUAUAAAAUAUUCAUCUGUCUGUAUUUUUUGGUAUUGAGCACGUUUUCUACACAUCUAUAUCUACCUACCUAUACGCGUGUAGGUACUAAUACUUACAUUACUUGUUUAAUAUACUUCGUCUUAAAGUUACAUUUUGAUGUUUUUGUUAAGUACUGAAAUAUUUAAGUUGUGUUGAAUGUCGGGUGUUAUGUGAAGUUUAAACAAUAGUUAAUUUUAUUGACCUAAUUUGUAAAAAGUUAAUAAAUAUAUUUUAACAUA